UCGGGGGAGGGGGGGGGAGAGAAAGAAAAAAAGGUCCUCACUCCACGCCUGCGCAGCUAAGUAACAAAGAUGGCUGCCGGCCGGCUGGCUUCGGGAACGGCAGUAGCUUUUGCUGGGCUGCGCGGGCGAUUUUGUAAUGUAAAGCUAAAUACAAACAACAGUAGGAAGCAGCCUCUGCAUCAAUUUGUACAAAGACAACUUUUGCCUCCAUUCACAGCAUUAUAUAAUACAGUGCGAUGCAUGUUUAUUCAAACACAGGAUACCCCCAACCCGAACAGUUUGAAAUUUAUCCCAGGAAAACCAGUAUUGGUAUCACAGACCAUGGACUUUCCUACACCAGCUACAGCAUUCCGCUCCCCUCUGGCUAGGCAGUUAUUCAGGAUUGAAGGAGUGAAAAGUGUCUUCCUAGGACCAGAUUUCAUCACAGUGACAAAGGAAAGUGAAGACUUAGAUUGGAACCUACUGAAACCAGAUAUUUAUGCAACAAUAAUGGAUUUCUUUGCAUCUGGUUUGCCCCUAGUUAAUGAAGAAACACUUUCUACAGAAGCAGCAACUGAAGAGGAUGAUGAAGUUGUAGCAAUGAUUAAAGAAUUGUUGGAUACAAGGAUAAGACCAACUGUGCAGGAGGAUGGGGGUGACGUGAUCUACAAAGGCUUUGAAGAUGGCAUCGUACAGCUGAAACUGCAGGGUUCCUGUACCAGCUGCCCCAGCUCUAUCAUCACUCUGAAAAAUGGAAUCCAAAACAUGCUACAGUUCUAUAUUCCAGAAGUAGAAGGUGUGGAGCAGGUUGUAGAUGAUGAACUAGAAGAAAAAGAUGCAAACUCACCCUGAAACCCUGUUAUUUCCUUGAGGUGAAUAGCAUGGACUUCUGAAGAAAUUUAUUGAGGAUUAAUAAAAGAUGUCAUUUUCUUCAAAGAACUAUAAUUAAAUAUGGCAAUUAUUUUCCUUUGUUUUAUUUGCUAAAUAAUUUAUUUCAUUCUGAUUGAUAUUCUGUAAAUGUGACUUGUUUCUAAAAUAGAUAUUUUCUUUUUUGUUUUUGAUUUCAAUACAAUUCUCCUUUUGUACAAAGUA